CACCACCCCCCCCCAGCCCAUCGCCCAGAAGCCAGAAAGUGCCCGGGUCACCAGCCCCACAGCCGGGGUGAAGAGACUCACCCUGGCCGGGGUGGAGGCUUUCAUCCUCUCCAGCCCGCCCCCGGAUCCCAACCGUGGGGCUAAGGUCAUCCGGGCGGAUCCCCAGGGACGCCGGCGGCACAGCUCGGAGACUUUCUCCUCCACCACCACUGUGACCCCCGUGUCCCCUUCCUUUGCACAUAACCCCAAACGGCACAACUCGGCCUCGGUGGAGAACGUGUCCCUCAGGAAAAGCGAAGGCCUGGAGGAGGAGCAGGGCAGCAGCCCCAUGUGCCGGGAGACCUCUGCUGGCUUCCAGAAUGGCCUCAACUACAUCGCCAUAGACGUGGUGGAUGGGAGCCUGUCAAACUGUGACAGAGUCCGACCCAAAGGCAGACAUGCCCUGAAUGGGGACAUCAAUGGAGUGGAGACCAGCGCCUAUGCCAGCAUAGACUUCCUGUCCCACAACCUGAAAGAAGCAACUGCUGUGAAAGGUCUUCUUCUGGAAGACAAAUCAUAUUUGGGAUACCCGAUGGCAGAAAAUUCAUGGGCCUGUAUUUUGGGGCUCAUGAACUUGAAACACAAUUCAUGGCUGGAAAUUUCCUCUUCUGAGCCAACUUUCAGAAUGACCAAGUGACCUUAAAAUCCUUAGGGGAUCCUAAUAUUGGCUUUCUACAUGUGCUUUCUUUCUGACUUUAAUGCAGAACUAAAUGGCUUCACUUAAUUCCUUCCAUUUUAGUUAAGUCUGAAAUUGUGAAUCCAGAGAGAAAAGGUGUAAUAUUCAUUAAAUUGCUUUGCCCAAUGUACUCUUACACACCACCACCACACUCCCCUGUUUUAUUAGCAUGAACAUUAUUCUGAGGAAUAUACUGCUAUUGUGUCAGGAAUGGAUUUUGAGUAAAUGUAAAUGUUCAAUGGCCUUAAUUUUGCUCACUUUCACCAGUGAUAAGAUAGGCCAGUUUAAAUGAAAAUGUCUCUUUGACUAACAGACUUAAAUUUGGUAUGAUACAUGUUGUAUAUUUGCAUCAGCUGGAGAUAGUUUAAGUACAACUGCUUGACCUGGACUGUACUGUGUCUAGUAUACAUGCUGUAUUGUAUUUGUUUGGUAAAUGUGAAAUUAAAGGGUUUUUGUGUAUUCUUUAGUGUUCCACUGCCUCUGCUGCCAAGUGUAUUCUUUUUUAUUUUGAUUAUAUUUUCUGGUCAGUAUAAUACAUAUUUUGCUAGGGUGUCCUGCUCUGAGACAUUUGCUGUAAAGAUCCUCUGACACCUGGAAGAAUUCUGUAUAUUUUCACUGGUUUAUUCCUCUUUUUUUGUAUUUUCUUGUUUCUGUGAGCAGACUCCUUGCUUUUGUGGGACUUCAUCUACUGUUUGUUUCCCCGCAUGACGUUAUAGUCCCUUGAUGUGACAUCCCAGUAACUUUAAGGGCAACCAGUUGUGGUGCCUCAAACUGCUGUGAUCGAGUAGGAUGUCUGCAUAUGGAUACAUUCGUUCAAGAGCUGUGUAGUGGGAACACCCGCUGAAGUUCUGAGGAAAGUUCUGUGUGCUAAGUGGUUGUGGAAUUGGAUUUGAACUUUCUAGCUAGCUAAGAUCCUAUUUUUAUUUGUUUUUAUGGCUCUCAUUCUGCCAUUCAAAUAAAAAGUUCAAAAGAACCCAGCUCCCCAUGACCACCAUUUUCACCAUGACCACCAGAUUCACCUGUCCCCUCCCAUCCCCCUGCUGCUGCCUCUUUGUGAAAGUGAAAUUUCAAUUGUUUCCCAGAGAGACAAUUAGGUAAGAGCAAUCGAAAUACAUGCAGUACAACUAGGAGUAACCUUUAUUCCUUCAAUACUGCCUCUGUCCUUUUGCUUGAUAGUGGAGUGUAAAUAAGAAAUCUCUUUUAAGAUUUUAAAGGUGGUAUGGCAUUUCUAUUUACAGUAAACUUCCAAUAAUCCGGCACCUUUAGGACCCAGGAGGUGCCGGAUUAUCAGAUA